AUGUCCAAGAAGGAUGUGGCGUGUUUCUGGAUCGUACUGCUCCUGUGCCAAGAGCUACGGACCGACCCGAUCGCAGAGAUGGGACCAUCCUCCGGCAUCCUGAUUCAAGAGACACCAGGGUUCAUCUUAACAGAGAAGAGGAUCCUGACCAGACGUGUGUUCGUCAGCUUGGACCCCAAGAUUUCCAUCGAGAAGGCAUACAACAUUUCAUCGAUGCAGCUUCCUGAGUUACAGACUUGGUACCAGAUGCACCUCCAAAGAGCACAGGACCGUGUGCGAAACAUCUUGGAGCAAGCCCGGAAACCAUUUGUAUCCAGUUCUAUUCCGAUGAGCAACCGACCCAAAAGGUUCCUCACCGCUAUAAUUGUUGCAUUAGUUUGUGCCACUGUCGGUGCAGUUGUCGCAACUGGAAUGUCUGCAGCCAACUCUAUUACUGUCCAAAAGCUGGAUAUGGAAAUCUAUGCGCUAAAGCAACACAUUAACGAUAUUCAUCAGGUGAUAAACCAGCAAAGAACACUUCUCCAAGACGUGUUAACUAUUGUGGAAGACACAGUUGUUACAACAAAUUUGCAUUCAGAGUUAAUUGCCAAAUCCACUGAGUUGCACCAAAGUCAUGACUUAUUCAAGCGUGAACUUCUAUUUCUGCAUGACCCAAUAUUGUUCCACACACUUGCUUUUCUUGACGAAGUGCAAACUGGAAUGAUCGAAUUGGCAGGGGGACGCAUACCUCUGUAUUUUGUAUCCAAGGAUAUUGUUCAUGCGAUGCUUGCCAAUGUGGAUGGAGAGACAAUUGAGCCUAUGCAAUUAAAUCUGGCCUUUGAGAUGGGGAGCGCUAUACCUCUCUUAAUUGAUCCGGAACGUAUGGAGAUUUGCUUUUUAUUGACCAUACCAUAUGUAACUCCCAAAAACAUUUUUCAAAUGAAAAUAAUGUACUAUGUAAUAAUGAUAUUAUGGUUGAUUGUACUAAGUGUAAAGUUCAAAACUUUUACAGGUACAAAUAUAUACAAAAAUGUUCAUUCCACGCACGGGCCUAUGUUAGAAAUGAUGUGAUUGCACAAUAUGUCUGGUAACUUCUAUAGUGCUUAUUCAUAAGCUAAAUUAAUUUUGGCUAUGAAAUGCACUAAAGGGGGGUUAUGUCAGGGUAUUUAUAUCGGCAGACAUUUUGUGCUAUGAUAGAAACUAAAAGUGUAUAUUCUGAGUCACUCUGAACAGACCAGACUCCAUUUUGUUAUUCCAAGUUAACAAAGAGACACUAUAUUUCUAUCUGCAAGCUAACCACUUUCCCAGAGCUGAGGAAUGCAUAGUAUAAACAAGUGAUAAGGAAGGGGGUUGGACAGACUGUCUAAUGCUAGAAGAAUAUAAUCAAAUCUAAACCCAGACAAUUGUGACAGAGAAGAUUAAAUAAUUUAAUAUUUAACUGUCUAUAUAUAUAAGGUACCAUUGUAUGGAAAAGGGUAAACUUAGUUCAUGAUCUGUCAUAUCAGAAAUUAUGGCAGGAAUUGCAGACGCUAAGUCUGGACAAAAUUUAAGAAACCCUUUGAAAUUUUAAAUUAUGGCGCUAUAAAGAUAACGCAAAAUGACGUCAAAAUAGCCACCAGGAAAAGUUAACUCUUUCCUGGAUAGGUAUGUUUAGUGGGACAAGACUGCCCUCUACAGACCAAAUAACUAAUUUGCGAUCUGGAAGAUAACCACACCUCUAGUGCUUCUAUUGGGUUAUCAACUGAUGACGUACAGAGAGUCUGGCCCUUUAAAAGUUAAGACAAAGGGAAGAUAGAGAAAUACAGGAGAUAGACGAGAGGAGGCAGAUGCAAGAUAUGCAAAGGAGAAGAGAGAGGAAUUGGAAGUUUGGGGAUUCCAACCUCCAUGCAGAGAGAGACAUCCAAAUAAGUUCCUGAGGCUACCAAUCGGAUGAAAUAUCUACUCAACUGGUAAUUAUACUGGUUUCAUUUAAUUAAAUUAAAUUAAUUAAAAUGUAUUAAUAGCAUUAUAUAUGACUGGAUAAAGCACGGUCAGAUUUCCAUAUUAAGAAAUCUUAGUUAACUAAGAAUAUAUAGUUAUAAACAUUCCAUUCUGCAGGUGGAAUUAAGAAUAAUUAUAUAUUGAUGUGAUAUUAUCACGUGUUAGCAUACCGCUGUUUUUAUCCAGGUGUAUUGAUUUGCUCUAAAUUAAGAUAGAUAUCUUUUAGACAAAUUAAAAAUCUGCUUAGAUAAUAUGUAGAUUCUCUUAUUGGAUUGUUUUCUGGAAAUGGCUAAUGAACUGGGUUAAAUGUUAUUUUAUUUAAAAUUACAUAAGAAUAGAUCUUAACUACCUAGGAGAUCUAGCCAGCAUUGAAAGGGUUACUCUAACUGUCUGCUAAACUUUACGACCUUACGCUGCACUCUGAGGAAUUCUGUUCUCUGUGUGAAAAGUUUCACUUUCAGCCUGUGUUAAGGAUACCUCAUAAAUCGUCAGAAUUCUUGACAGAAAAUGCUAGUUAGCCAUUGAAACGUAAUACCCAUUUCUUUGUAUUGCAUAUAAUUUUGUACUGGAUAUUCAUUGAUUAUUGUUAUGCAUGUUACAUAAUAUUAUUUGUUAAUUAUUUGUUAUCAUAAAUAAAAUCUAUUUUUAUACAUUGUGAUAUUAAUUAUAUGAAAUACAUUCCACUUAACACGAUAAACGUUCUUUGGGAUCUGAGAAUUGAAUUAGUGGGCAAUUCUCACUGUUACUAUUAUUAUCCCAUAAAUAUCCCCACAAUCUAUAUAUAAAUAAAAAUAUUUUUAAAAAAUUAUAUAUAUAUAUAUAUAUAUGUAUAUAUAUAUAUAUAUAUAUAUAUAUAUACACACAUGUAUUAAUUCUACAAAUAUAUUUAUGUAAUAUUUUUACAUAAUUAGGUAUUUUAAUUAAUUACAAUUAGCGGGACCUGCCUGACAACCCAUGCCAAAAGUGUAGGGAAUUUAAUUUGCUAGCACUAUAUUUAACUCUAUAACUUUCCAAGACACCAUAAAACCUGUACAUGGGGGGUACUGUUCUACUAGGGAGACUUCGCUGAACACAAAUAUUAGUGUUUCAAAACCGUAAAAUGUAUUACAAUGAUGAUAUCGCCAGUAAAAGUGACGUUUUUUUGCAUCUUUCACACGCAAACAGCACUUGCACGGACGAUAUUAUUGCUGCGAUACUUUUUACUGUUUUGAAACACAAAUAUUUGUGUUCAGCGAAGUCUCACGAGUACAACAGUACCCCUCAUGUACAGGUUUUAUGGUGUUUUCAAAAGUUACAGCGUCAAAUUUAAGGCUUGUUUCAUUUUUUUCACAUUAAAAUUCGCCAGAUUGUUUACGUUGCCUUUGAGACCCUAUGGUAGCCCAAGAAUGAAAAUGACCCCUAUGAUGGCAUACCAUUUGCAAUAGUUUUUAGUUGCCACUAAGUCACAAACACUGGCCACAAUUGGCAUUUUUUGCAUUUUUUACACACAAACAAAUAUUAACGCUAACUUUGGCCAGUGUUUGUGACCAAAUGGCUACUAAAAAAGACUGGACAUACCCCAUUUGCAAUACCUUGGGUUGUCUACUAUUGCAAAUGGUAUGCCAUUAUGGGUGUAAAUUUCAUUCCUGGGCUACUAUACAUUCCCAAAGGCAACGUAACCAAUCUGGCGAAUUUCAAUUUCAAAUGUAACAUGCUAUAUUUGACCCUUUAACUUCCCAAAACACCAUAAAACCUGUACAUAGGGGGUACUGUUUUACACGUGAGACUUUGGUGAAUACAAAUAUGUGUAUUUUAUUGCAGUAAAAUCUAACAGUAUUAUGACAUUGACCGUUAAAAUGUCAUGUAGAACUAAAAAAAAAAAAAUUUCUUAUUUUCUCCCAUUUUUUCAUAUUAAAUUAUGUUUCAUAGCUAAAUAUUUGAUAUUAAAUGAAAGCCCUGUUUCCCCUGAAUAAAAUGAUAUAUAAUAAGGGUGGGUUCAUUUAAUAUGAAAGAGGUGAAUUACGAUUGGACAAUGUAGCGCAAAUGCCAGGUUUUGUUUACGUUUUGUUUUGUUCACAACGUGUACAUUUGGCUCAGUCCUUAAGGGGUUAAGGUAAAAAUACCUGAACUGAAAAUUAUUCGUCAACCAUCCUUGGCGAUCAGCUAUUUUGGUGUAAAUUUGUACAAUUUCUCUCCAAAUUCUCACUUUAGCUAAUAACCCUGAGUUUGAACUGAGCACACUUGAGAUACAAGAGAUUCUCCAUGAGUUUUGGACAGCUAACUCUCUAUCCAAGAGUACUGGAACAGCACCUAGAAACAAAGGUCAGAAUGCUUUUCUUUUACCCCGACAUGAUGUAAAAGAAGAGGUCUGAUGAGGAAAUAGGAAUAGAUCCGGUAGAAGCAGGGCCGGAUUAACAUAGGGGCUGAUGGAGCUGCAGCUCCAGGCCCAUGGAAUAGGCCCAUUGAUUUAUUAAAUUGAUUUUUUUUUUCACACUCUACUCUUAGGGAUUCCACCUGGCUUUUAUUUUAUUGGCACAGCCAGUAUUUGAGGCUACCUGGCUGAUGCCAAUAUUACAGUGAUACUGGCAAUACAAAUGCUGGUAUUUUUCUCAGUAUAAACAAGAGAUUAUUAUGCAAUACCAGCACUGGCCAGUAGGGGUCACUGUGUGUGGAGACAGGCAGGGAUAGGAAGUUCCAGCAUAUCCCUCCCUGCCUGCCUACCUAUACUCACUGAUCUGCAGGGGUGCAGCUACAGAGAGUCCAGACAGCAACUCCCAUCCUAAAGAGACAGCCUACAGCUCAGGGAAGUAAGGGAUGGGGGGGAAAGGCUGCAAGUAGACAUACACUGAGACACUAAGGGACAUUCUGAGACAUUAUGACACAGACACAUGGAGACACAGUGUCCCCAUGUCUCCCAGCCAGUGUCCCCAUGUCUCCCAGCCAGUGUCCCUGGUGUCUCAGUGCCCCCUAGUCUCCCAGUGCCCCCAGUCUGCCAGUGUCUCACUGUCCCCAUGUCACCUAGUGCCUCCAUGUCUCCCAGUGCCUCAAGUGUCUCAAUGUCCCCAUGUCUCCAAGCUAGUGUCCCUAGUGUCUGUGGCCUUGGUGUCUCUUUGUCCCCAUGUCUCCCAGUGCCUCCAUGUCUUAAUGUCCCCCAGCCAGUGUCUCUAGUGUCUGUGUCCCCAUGUCUUCAAGUUUCCCCUAUUUUCCCAGUGUCCCCAUGCGUCCCAGCCAGAGUCCCCUAGUCUCCCAGUGUCACUGGUGUCUCCGUGUCCCUAGGUCUCCCCGUGUCCCCAGGUCUUCCCGUCUUCUAAGUGACAUGGGGACCCUGGGAUACAUAGGGACACAGGGAGACAUGGGGCAUUGAGACACUGUGAUACAUAGGAUCACUGGGAGACCUGGGGACACGACACUAGGGGACACUGGGAGACAUGGGGCACUGAGACACUGAUACAUAGGAACACUGAGACCUGGAGUAAUCGACACAUGGGGGCACUGGGAGAUAUGGGGCCACUGGGAGGAAUCCAUCUAUACAGCAGAAUCAAACUAAGUAGUUUUUUUGGUGAUUUUACAGCAUUUUCUCUUAUGUCAUUCCUUGUGAUUUACAUCAUGUGAUGUCACCCAUACAUAUUUAAUUAUGCAAAUUAGCAAGGCCGGUAUGUUUUUCCAAGAAAGGUGGCAACCCUAACUACUUUUCACAUACUCUUACUUAAGUAUGGAAACUUAAGAGGGAUGUAUGGGAACAAAACUUGUGUGGACUGGCUGACAAUGAAUAUAGUUAAAGGGACACUAGAGUCACCAGAACAACUACAGCUUAUUGAAUUUGUUCUGGUGAGUAGAAUCAUUACCGUGAGGCUUUUUGCUGUAAACACUGUCUUUUCAGAGAAAAUGCAGUCUUUACAUUACAGCCUAGUGAUAACUUCACUGGCCACUCCCUAGAUGGAGAUCCUUCCUGGGUAAUGGCUGCCUAAAAUGCAUCCAAAAAUUCAGUGUCUCCUCCCUCUGCAUGCAGACACUGAACUUUCCUCAUAGAGAUUCAUUGAUUCGAUUCAUCUCUAUGAGGAGAUGCUGAUUGGCCAGGGCUGUGUUUGAAUCAUGCUGGCUCUGCCCCUGAUCUGCCUCUUUGUCAGUCUCAGCCAAUCCUAUGGGGAAGCACUGUGAUUGGAUUAGACCACCACUUUUAAUGAUAUCAGCAGACUGCUUAUUUUUCUGAGUCUAACAGCAUGCAGAGUUACAGCUUCAGGCUUGAAUACAGUAAGAUUUUUCUAUAUUUAUGGAGGCAUGAGGAGCCCAGGGGGGCUAGAUGGUGGUGUUAACACUAUAGGAUCAUGAAUUCAUGUUUGUGUUCCUGACUCUAUAGUGAUCCUUUAAGGUAAUGCUGACUUUGGUCUCUCUAACAAUGUGGCAUGUUCCAUUUCUUCUACACUCACUACAAACAGCUUUUCUCUGUCCCAGACUAUAUACCAGGAGCUUCUGCUUGCUAGUAAGAAGGUAAGGAGACAAGUGGACCAGCGAGUGCUAGGGGACAGUCCUUAGAAAGCGUUGAGUGAGCACAUCAUUAGAUGCAUAUAUGCCAAGCUCAGGGUGAAGACUGCAUAGUAUGCCCUUAGUUGGCCAGCUGCAUGAUUGGCAGGCAGCCUGACAUGCAUUCAUACCAGGCUGGCCUAAUUCUUUGGGCAGACAUAUCCUCUUUUUGGGCAUGUUCGCCCCUUUUGGCAGGUUACGUGAUUUGUGUCAGUGGCACACCCUUUUACCAUGCCCAUUGACUUCCUGCUUGACUGGACACUGCUGUAAGGGGUUAUGGAUUUAUUUGAAAGAUGAAAAUAUAAGUUAGUGAGAGAUUAACCUAGGGUAUGUGUUUUCUUAUAGCUGCUGUUUUCUUUCUCUCCAGCACCAUCUCCAUCAGAAACAUGAUGCUUGGGAGUGUUUUACUGUUUUUGGUUGAUAUGUUUCUGUAAUUAGGCCCGUCAUAAUUGUCAGCACCAGGCCCACUGGGCUCUUAAUUCUAUAUAGAGGAGUCAAGAGGAACUAAAUUUUCUUCUUGCUGGUUUCUGCCCCUCCCUCACUCCAUCUGGGAAGCACAGUAAACCUCUCUGGUGUCUGGAGUUCUAUUUCAGGUAAAAGUUGCAAAAAAAACCCCUCCCCUCUUCAAUAUACCCAACACUUUAGACUCAUCUUUCAGUCUGGGGCCAUUAACCCCUGCUUGUACCUUUACUGCUAGACUGUCUAUGCCAUCACUGCGCAUUACAGCACUGCAUGACGGCACCUUGCCAGGAAAGCAUCAAUCCAGUAUUCUCCUAUGUGUAAACUUGGAUUAGUGCACAGCGCUAGCUGCGUAUCAGUUCCUUAAAAGGAGAAUUGGAUUGUACUAUCAUGGAGUAGGCCAUGACUGUUCCAUAAAAUAGCAGGAAGUGAAGAGUUAAGCUGGAAAAAUGAAAGGUCCUUUCAUUUUUAUCACCAACACAGGGUAAGGGAUACCUAUAAAAAGUUUGCAGCCGGGACACUAUAACAGCAUUAUAAAUACAGUAUUGCUGACGUUCUAGUGUUCCUUUAAUAUUGUAUUAACAUACAUAUAGACAAUUUUAAGAAAGCCUUUGGACACAGGAAUACCUAGGUUAUUUGGUGCUUGGGGUGUGUAGGCAAACUCCCCUCCCUUUGGAAUUGUAAAAUAUUUGCAGUUUCGAACAUCUUACCCCUUUGUGUGUGUGCCUCUUAAAGAGAAAUUAUAGUGCCAGGAAAACAAACGUGUCUUCCUACCACUAUAGCUUCCCCUUUUGUCAAGCCCUCUCAACCCCUUCCUGCAUUUACCUGGGUCCAGUGCUGAGGUCCUUCGGCGCUGGUUUGGCCCCGCUCAUUCCCUGCCGGCUGACGUCAGGAGACCUAAUAAUGGAUAACGCUUUCCUAUGGGGAUUCCGGUGACGCUCGAAGUCCUCAUGCAUAGCGUGAGGAUGUCCAGCGUCAUUUAGGCGACCAAAAGUUGCAUUUGAGCCCGGAAGUCCCUCUAGUCUAGUGGCUGUCUGGUAGAUAGCCACUAGAGGAGUUAACCCUAGCAGGUAAUUAUUGCAGUUUAUAAAAACUGCAAUAAUUACAUGUUCAGGGCUAAGGGGUGACGGACACUGCACUCAGACCACUUCAAUGAGCUAAAGUGGCCUGGGUGCCUACAGUGUCUCUUUAACGCCUCCCUCCACCUAUCAAGAUUGGGCACACAGGAUUGCAGUAGUGUAGAGGAUCUUCAGUUGUGUCAUAUCCCCGCCUCCUCCAUUCACAGUAGUACCACUCAAAACUGUCCAAUCAGGACAGAGAAGCAUGCUACUUUACAAUGAGUGACAGUAUGGGGAGGAAAUAUUUUGUGCAUCUUUUCCCAUCUAUUAUUCAAUGGGUGCAGCACUAAUCUCCUUUACUAUUCUACUGUAAAGAUACAACAUUUUUGAAGAAAGUAGCUUGAAAGGUCUUCCUACUAAUGAGUCAUAAAGAUUAUAUGAACUCACAAAUAUAGAAAUAUAUCUCUCUUCCACUUGGACCUAAGAGUUUCCAAGUAAUUUUUCAAACAGUGAUUAGCUACAUUGCUUUGUCCAAGAAUCGGUUUUAUUUUACCUCUUUCUCCUCUAGGUCAUGAUAGUUCUUCACAAGGUCUGGCUCCAAAGAAGGCAGCCACCACUGACUCCCGUUUGAUUUCAGUUUUGUCACUUUGA